AUGCCUUGCCAAUACCCCCCUGACCCAUUUUCUGCUCAGUGUUUUCUUGUGACCCUCCUGGUAGCCCUGCUGUCUACAUCUUCUGAUGCCUGUGAUCAGCCACCAGCAUUUGGAAGCAUGAAACUCAAUGGCAAUCCUAAAACCAGUUAUGGGACUGGAGAACAAGUGGAAUACUCGUGUAGACCAGGAUACAUACCACAAUUUCGCCACAUCUACAGUUCAUGUGGUGCAGAUGGCCAGUGGUCACCCAUUUCAAAGGAUGCAUGCUACAAAAAAUCAUGUCCAAGUCAGGGUGAUCCUGUAAAUGGUCAUGUAAACCUUCUGAAUGGAACUUCUGAGUAUGGUUCACAAAUUGAAUACGUUUGCAAUCGUGGGUUUUAUAUAAUUGGUCAAAGAAUUCUACGUUGUAUUCUUAAAGGAUCGGAUGUGGAGUGGAGCGAUGAGGCCCCAGUAUGUUCAAAGAUUUUAUGUACACCACCUCCAAAUAUAGAAAAUGGAGAAUUCUCGCCAAAUCACAAUGACGUAUUUGAAUAUCAGGAAGUGGCAACCUACAAAUGUAACCAGGUAUCUGGCAAGGAUAAACUGUCACUUGUUGGAGAGAGUAAAAUUUAUUGCUCUGAAAAUAGAUCAUGGAGUGCUAACCCUCCUGAGUGCAAAGUGGUCAAAUGUCCAUAUCCUGUAAUUAAAAAUGGGAAACAGACCUCUGGAUUCAGCAAGAAAUAUUCUUAUAAAGCAACGAUCACGUUUGAAUGUAACUGGGGGCUUUACCUACAUGGGAGCGAUAUGGUUGUGUGCGAGGGCAACAAUACGUGGCAUCCGCCGAUUCCUGUGUGCCUGAGCCAGCCACCUCCUUCCAGUCCACGCCCUCUCACUCCACGCCCUCCCACUCCACGCCCUACCUCAUCUUCCAGUACAGAUGUCUCACCCUCUAACAAAGAGACAUCGCUUGAUUUUGGAGAUUCAAAUGGAUGGAUCAUUUCUCUGAUAAUUAUGACUCUACUGAAGUUAUAG